CAGCACGGUGAUUGGUGGUGCGCUGUGUCCCAACGGAAAGAGCCGAAGAUGUUGGCACGGUCAUGUGAUCAGCUGUGUCCAAUCACAGCUGAUCACAUGGCACUGAUGAUCAGUGUGCCCUGAUGAUCUGUGUAGCCCCAGAAGUACCACCUGUCAGUGUCCAUCAGUGCCAGCUGUCAGUGCUCAUCCAUGCCACCUGCCAGUGCCCAUCAGUGCCACAUCAAUGCCACAUAUCAGUGCCUACCAGUGCACAUCAAUGCCUUUCAGUGCCAGUCAUUGCCACCUAUCAAUGCCAGUCAGUGCCACCUAUCAGUGCUGCCAAUCAGUGCCAGCCAGUGCUGCCUAUCAGUGCAGUGUGCCGC